AUGAAUAACAGCGACGCGGACAGGCUCCGCCAGCGAGUUCUCGAGCUCGAGACAGAGCUCCAGACCACCAAAGCACUCCUAAGUCGGAUAGAAUCCAAGACUGCCGUCAAUUCCUUCGCCAUACCUGUAUCGAUACCCGUGGAUUCAUCUAUACACAAUCUUAUGCUGUUAUCCGACUCUGCCUUGCCACUUGGGAGCUUUGCAUAUUCCUCCGGGCUCGAGUCGUUCCUAGCACACCAUAAACCCCUGCCAAAAACCCAGACCAACCUGACCCUGUUCCUUAAAUUUCUUAGGUUAUCAAUCCAGUCCGUCGCUUAUACGAACGUGCCGUACGUGCUAUCUGCCUUCCGGGACCCUCUUGGCCUAGCGGACUUGGACAACGACCUCGACGCUUCGACGCCGUGCACUGUCGCACGGCGAGCAAGUAUAGCUCAGGGCCGCGCACUUCUGAGCGUGUGGGAGAAGGCCUUCUCCCAGGCUUUCAAGACAAGGCCCAACAAAGACGAGGGCCUCGAAGCUCUGCUGACCAUCGAGAUUUUUGCGCGCGACCUCAAACUCGCGUCGAUAAGCUCUGAUCCAUUGCCUCUGGUCAACGGCCACCUCGCCCCGUUGUGGGGUGUGGUGUGUCUCGCACUGGGCCUCAAUCUAGAGGAAGCAGGAUACUUGUUUCUGUUGAACCAUGCCAAGGCUGUCCUGAGUGCCGCUGUCAGGGCUUCCGUGAUGGGCCCGUACAUGGCACAGAACAUCCUGGCUGGUCGGGACUUACAGAGCAUUAUUCGUCAGAGUCUGGAGAAAAUAUGGUUCCUCCAGCCCGAAGAUGCUGGCCAAGUAGUCCCGACCAUGGACUUGUGGAUCGGAAGACAUGAGAUGUUGUACAGCAGAAUUUUUAAUUCUUGAUCUCUGCCCAAAGACGAUAUUCGAUCUGAAAGCUUGCCACAGAAGGCUGCUACUUGUGAGAAUAAGCCUUGUUGUGGUCUCUGGUUCACAAGAUGACCGACUCGCCACAGCGAACGCAAUUGUCAUUGAACUGAUCACGACGGAAGUCGAGUUCGACCCAAGGCUCUCCACAAGAGACCUACCCCGGUCAAGCAGCAGCACUGUGCAAGGUGAUAGCAUGACUUUCAGCGAAGAAAUGUUGGCGUAUACAUACCUCACGAG